CUCCUGUCAGGGCAAGCAGAGUGCUUCCUCCACUAUAACAGAGCAUUUGUUAAACGCAGUGCAGUUGAAACUGCGAUUGAUGGUGGCAUUAUGCCUCUAGAAGAAUGUCUAGGAAAACUAUUGCAAGCAUCAGUAGUAGCUGUGGGAUCAGGAUCUACGAAGGGUGAGGAGAUUCAGCCAUUUAGUGUGACAGUCAGAGACAAAGUCCUCCUCCCAGCAUAUGGAGACAGCAAAGUAGCUGUAGAUGACAAGGGCUAUUUCUCGUUUAGAGCCAGUGGCAUCCUUGGGAAGCUCCUCCCACUCAAGCAUUGAUGUCUUUCAUUUUGUGAAUCAUCUC